AUGAGUCUGUUUGGAAGAAGCUCGGGUUUUGGAUCUGGCAGGACCAGCGUGUUUGGCAACACAACCACAGAGACUUUCAACUUUCACUUUCACUUUAUGAAGGAUAUUGAGGUAACAUCCUCUCCUGAUGAUAGGAUUGGUUGCCUGUCUUUUAGCCUACCAACCUUGCUGGGGAACUUUCUUCUAGGAUCGUGGGCUAACGAUGUUGAUCAGCAGGAAGCUCAAGAUAGUGGACAGACUAUUGCAAAAGCCCAGCAGAUACAUACCUAGCCUGUGCUAGAUGUCUGCUGGAGUGAGGAUGGGAGCAAAGUGUUUACAGCAUCAUGUGAUAAAACUGCCAAAACAUGGGACCUCAACAGCAGGCAGGCAAUACACAUUGUGAAACAUGAUACUCCUGUUAAAACCAUACAUUGGAUCACAACACCAAACUACAGUUGUGUGAUGACCUGGAACUAGGAUAAGACUUUGAAGUUUGGGGAUACACAAUUAUCAACCCCUAUGAUGAUUUUACAACUUCCUGAAAGGUGUCACUCUGCUGACAUGAUAUCCUAUGGCUGGGUGGGAGCUACAGAGAGGGAACUGAUUAUCUAUCAGUUAGAGAAUCAACCUUCUGGACUCAGGAGGAUAGCGUCUCCACUGAAGCAUCAGCAUCAAUAUGUGGCUGUUUUUAAAGACAAACAGAAUAAGCUGAACAGGUUUGCCCUGGGAAGCAUUGAGGGGAGAAUUGCUAUUCAUUACAUCAACCCCCCAAUUCCUGCCAAAGAUAACUUCACUGUUAAAUAUUAUUAAUCUAACAGAACCAACACUUCAGCUCCUCAAGAUGUCUAUGUGGUAAAUGGAAUUGUGUUCCAUCCUGUUCAAGGCACCCUUGCAGCUAUGGGAUCUGAUAGUAGAUGCAGCUUUUGAGACAAAGAUGCCAGAACAAAUAGAAUUUUGGAGCAGUUAGAUCAGCCAAUAUUGGCUAACAGCUUCAAUCACAAUAGAAAUGUAUUUGUGUACACUUCCAGCUUACUACUAGGGGCUUCCCUAGUUGCUCAGAUGGUCACAUUUGAUCCCUGA